AUGACUUCGGAGAGCUCGUCCAGAACGUCCUUGUCGCCACCAAACGACGCCCGCAAGUGGCAGACUGUCUUCAGGGUCAGGCUGAACCCGCAGGCAGCUCCCAGCCAAACUCGCAGGCCAGUGCCAGAGAAGAGGAAAGCCAGCAGAUUUCGCCAUCGCCGAUCACACCGCAAAUCAAAAGCCGGCUGUCUUGUAUGCAAGAGACGCAGAGUCAAGUGUGAUGAAAUGAGGCCUGGCUGCCGGAACUGCUCCAAUUAUGGUGUUACAUGCAGCUAUCCUACAGAUCCCAGUGGUGGUACCGAGAUGGGAACCGUUGGCCCCCUGGGUGAUCCCAGCAUGGUAAUGUUUUCCAUGUCUCUCGACAACUUGGCCACCAACAUCGAGGAGACGUUGAGCAUGCACUCGGUUUUAGGCUACCAUAUGGCCAGAAUGCCAGGGUCUGAUCGGCCCAUAGAAGUUCUGGCACUCCGGCACUUUGUCGACUGCACCGUAGAAACAAUAUCAACCCCAUCAAUCCGUAAGCUUAUGCGGACAGAGGCGGUUCGUGUUGCCUUCUCCAACCCGCAUGUUAUGCAUACCAUCAUUGGUGUAGCACUGCUUCAUCUCAACCGCAUACUCCCGUUUUGCAAUGUCAGGGAGGUGGCAGAAGCCCACCAUUGGCAAAAAGCGAUCCAAUUCUAUCGGAAAGCUCUCUCUCACGAAGUUAGCGCGGAAAACAUAGAUGCUCUUUUGACCACUUGCAUGCUCAUGGCGGUUAACUGCAUGUGUCCUGAGAAUUUCACCCCAAAAGACUCCUGGGUCCUGAAUUCUGAUCCGUCAGCUAUGAACUGGAUCUACCUCCAAAAUGGUCUACCAUACCUUUUGGAGAUUGGCAGCCCCUUUAUUCCUCUAAGCAUCUGGGGUCCUGCCUUUGAAGCUGCAGAAAAAGCUCACAACGAGUUGCUGAACGAUUGUCCGCAGGGAAGACAAGGCAUGCACCCAAGAUUGGCGGAUUUCUGUGGAAUAACAGAUUUAACCACAGAUGAGACUAGCCCUUAUUUUAAACCUCUGCAAGUUGUAAGCUCGAUGUUGGAUAUGGAAAAGAGUGCUUCAACUGCUGGUUACUUUUCAUCCUUCCUCGGCCAUUUGGACCCUCGAUUCCUCGAGCUUCUAAGAGCCAAAGACACAAGAGCGCUCGUUGUGAUAGCCCAUUGGAUGGGCAUCAUGUGUCUGAUAUCCCACUGGGAGCCCUGGGUGGAGGGAAGGAUCAGAUCUGAAUGCCUUGCAAUAUGCAUCCACCUUACUCCCAAAGCAGACACCCAACUUCUGGAGCUACUUAGGUUUCCGUCUAUCGCCUCUGGAUUUACAGAUAGCUAA